GUAUUAAUUUGACAGAUAUUUAGCAGAAACUGUACAAAAGAUCUCAGAGCAGAGCCGUCAACUCUCUAUUCUGUAUUUAAAACAUUUUUAACUCUCCGUGUGUGUUCUAUUCAGGGCAAACAGCUAGGAGCUGCACUUUGAGCACCUCCUCCUCUUCCUCUGCAGUCCUGUAUUGGGUUUCAUUCCUGCAGUUCUGACUGAAUGAAUGCUGAUCAAUUAUUUACAGGGAAGCUGAAGGUCAGGAGAGAAACCUCAAGAGACCCUUCAGCCCUGAAACAGACACUUCUGAGCCACAACUCCACCCACAAGACCUGAGGAGACAAGAACAAGAGGACAGUCGAGACAAGGAUGACAACUGAAGGUAGGAUCAAACCCUCUGAUUCAGAUCACAUUGACGUUCUGAAUGUGAAAUACUGGCACCUAAUUGGCCAAGCAGUUGUUAUGCUUAAUUCACGCUGUUUUAAUUCAGAUUUAGUUGAGUCUUUGCAAUUUAAUUGCAUUGAACUGGUCUAACCAGACAGAUUUCCAGCUGAGGUACACCAGCAGGUACAAAUCCAGCUUGGACAUCUCUGGUGUAAAUAUAUGCACAAGUGGCCAGUUGACCCACUGCCAUCUCAAUCCUCUGUCCCAUUAACAGCUCUGUUGGACAGCAUAUGAGCAAAUGCACUGAUGAUAUUUAACUGAGGAGGAGGAGGCUGCUGUGUGUAAUAGUGAUGUGCAGAUUGCAGGGUUGGGCAGGUGGGUUAUAAAAGCUACGUUCUGAUUAACAACAGGUGGGCUGCAAACCGGUGACAUAAUGAAUCUUCAUAUGAGUAAAACAUUAAUUUGAUGGCCAGCAGCAUAAACGAUAAGUUGAUCUCUCCAUGAAGAGACGGUGUGAGCGUUAAUGCACAGCAGCUUAGCUUCGCUGGUCAUCUAAAGCUCCUGACUCACAGACAGGAUUUGAUGUUAAUUCAUGUUCUGUGUUCUUCUGCACAUCCAAAAGCUCAUAAUCUGACCAGGUUCAAACAGUUAAACCAACAGUGUGACUAACUACACCUCAUUUUAAGAGGGAUGGAUGCAAGCCAUGCCAGCAGCUCUACGAGGUCUUACAUGGGCACAUCAGUGUGUUACCAUGCUAACAUUAACUAUUUAGUAGUAAAAACAAAUUCCAACUGAGGUUGGUGGGAAUGUAGUUUUGCAGGUGUUUGGUGAGCAUGCAUGUAUUUAGAUGUAUUAAAGUGUGGUCCGAAAAUUAUUUUUUUGUGGGUUGAUAAAAAAGUCCAUUAAUGACUUAAAUCAUAAAACUGUAACCUACACUUCAGGAACUCAAAUUCCACCCACCAAAAAUGUAUAGCAUAUCCUACUUCCUCAUCAUGUGCUUUUCUGUCUACCACUACAGCGCUUUCCUGACCAUCCAUGUCUUUAUAUCAGUCCUCAGCUUUGCCUUGUAUGAUUCCGAUGAAGGGUUUUAACUUGAGGUAAAGCUGACCUGACUCUGAACACUCAGGCACAGUUCCUGCUCUACUCUGUAGUGACAGCACAGUCUUUUGCACAAGAGUCACAGUCUUCUUGAAAAAUGAAUUGUUCCAGCAGUGACUUUAUUUGACACUUUUGUUCCACAGCAUGAGCUUGAAUUUAAAUCCAGAACGAAAAGCCUCAAUACACCACAUACCUGCCAUACUAGAAGGCUACGUGAAUGCAGGAAGGUUUCCGGAAAGCUUAGUUAAUGAUUGAGGAGCUAAUUGAGCGAAACAUGCCUUCAUCAGCAAAAUGCUGGUGGUACAUUCUGAACAGACCUUUUCAAACUAAUGACAGUGUUUUCUUUACCCUCUUUAUCACAGGUACUAUGUCCACAUGACCAGUGAAUGGAUCAGUGAAUGGCCAACAGACAGAGAUUAGAUUAGAUUAGAUUAGAUUAGACAGACACACAGACUGACUGACAGACACACACACACACAGACAGGCAGACAGAUGAGAGGCAGGACUAAUGAAUAAAAUGUCCAUUAGUGACCAGCGUUGAGUCCAGUGAAGAAGCUGAGAUGACGCCUGAAGAACCUGCACUGAUCCAGCUCUGCCAGAAGUAGCCUUCAACAUGGGACUAAGCCAAGCCUCCAACCUCACUCCAGACAUCAGUUUGGCGGCAGCUGUAGUGGCAGCAAUCAGUCAUACCAACACAUCGGGCAUUUUGCCCACGUCGUCCCUCCCUCCAUCAUCCUGCAGCAUUGAUGAGUCCUACAAAUACGUCUUCCUGCCUGUGUGUUACUCACUGACAUUCCUCUUCAGUCUCACUCUCAACUCCGUGGUGUUGCUGCGCUCCUGCCGUCACCAUGAUGGUUGUUGUGGCGGUGGCGGGCGACGCUGGAACACCUCACUUAUCUACAUGGUGAACCUGGCCACCACCGAUCUGAUGUAUGGUCUGUCGCUGCCCUUCCUAGUGGCAAGCUACAUGCUGAGGGACCGCUGGGUGUUUGGGGACUUCAUGUGCCGCCUUGUUCGCUUCCUCUUCUAUUUUAACCUUUACUGCUCCAUCUUCUUCCUCACCUGCAUCUCUGUGCACAGGUACCUGGGGAUCUGCCAUCCAAUGAGGACCAUCACCCUGGAGAGCAAGCGGGUGGUGAAGGGGACCUGUGCAUUGGUGUGGGUGGUGGUGUUCGUCCUCACUUGCCCCAUCUUCAGGUUUGCCCAGACAGGAUAUGUUCGUCGAGGAGGCAGUGGGGUUGUCGAGCCUGGGGGGGCAAGGCAAGGUGGGAACAAUAGUGGAUCUCAGUUGGAAGACCAGGAGGGAUACGUGAACUGCUGGGAUGAUGCCAUCGACAAGGAGUUUGCCGACUACGUCCCCUACGGCAUCGUCCUCCAUCUGCUGGGCUUUUUUGUGCCCUUUGUCAUCAUUGCCUGGUGUUACUCUCAGGUGGUCAGGACAAUAUUCCAGACCCUGCGCUCCGCUCCCAGUUCAAUAGAGGGCGGAGAGGAUGGACCAGUGGGAGAUGGAGCAGCAGAAGGAGUUAGAGAGCGGGAGAGAACCUCAGUCUCCAUUUCUGGAUCACAGUAUUCACACUAUAUCCGUCGGCGACGGAAAUCCAUUAAGACCAUUCUGACCAUCACGCUUCUGUUUGCACUCUGUUUCCUGCCUUUCCAUGUGACCCGAACGGUGUUCCUGCUUCUGAGGCGGGGGCAGCUCGGUGGUUGCAAUGUUAUGAAGACCGUUUCCAUCUGCUACAAGGUCACCCGGCCGCUCGCCUCAUGUAAUGCCUGGCUCAAUGCCCUCCUCUACUUCCUGACAGGGGAUAAGGGUGCCUCCUGCUGCUGGCCAGCAGAACGUACUGUCCGCAGAGAUCAUUGGAAUGGCUCCCUUUGGUGGCCACUGAAGAUUCUGAAAAGAGAGGUAGUGGGUGAAGAGGACCAGGAGGCGGCCGAGAAGGUUGAAAGGGACGCGCACAAUGAAAAUGAGUCCAAGUCUUCAAGAGUCAUCUUCUAGAUGGUUUAGGUCCUGGUUUCUUAAAAACUGAAAAUGACUGGUGAGGCAGCAGGAAAACCUUCAGUAGUUCAACACAAAGCUACUCAGUAACACUGGAUCUUCCAUCUAAAUUCAGAGAAAGUUUUAAAUGAACCUCCAGAAAAUCUGCCAAAGAAAAUGUGAUUUAACAGACGUUUGAAACCCUUAAAAGAGCUCCAGUCAAAUGAGGGAAAGCAUUAUGAAAAUUAUACACUUGUGAGUUUCAUGUAGGAACACUAACACACAUCCAUCACAUUGUGUUGCAUUUUGCUUCCAUCCAAACUUUUCCACCCCAGCCAAACCUUUUUUAUACUUUCAAGUAUACAUAAAUUAGAAAAUGUGCAUUUUGAUGGGAAUGCACUGAAUGAUAGUAAACAAUGCUUAAUAAAUGUUGGCUUACCGGAGUCAAAUUCCUUGUUUGUACACACAAACUUGGCCAAUAAAGCUGAUUCUGAUUCUUAACACCAAAUCUGAAAAAUUAAAAAAAGUCGAUAAGAAAUGCUUGACACUAAUACAGCACAAACUGAAGACAUGCUGACAGUCUAUGAAACAGGAAGUUUGUGAAAAAGAAAAAACUGUGGAGUCUGACAACAUUUAUUGAAAUCAGCUGCCUUCAACAAUCACGACUAAUUCACCAAAUGCUCACAUUAAAUUUAUUUUGCAAUCAGAACGAUUGAAUUAUUGUCUUCAUGUCCUCAGAAUACUGAACUGUGGCCUUCAACGAAUUUCCUGAAAUUAAAAUCCCCUUUUGUCCCUGACGCUCUCAGUGUGAAGCACUUUGAUUUGACAUGCAUGUAUUAAGAUUUUGGAUUGAGAUACGUGGACGUCUUCAUGCUUUUAGGUGUGUCAGCGUUAUUGAAAGCGGCUCAUCCAUCCAUCCAUCCAUUUUCUAUACCGCUUAUCCGUCAGGGUCGCGGGGGAGCUGGAGCCUA